AUGUCGGCGGCACCAGCCAAAACACACCUGAUCGCGAGCGUCGAGCCGAUCCACGCGGGCCAGUUCAUGUUUGUGCGCAUCCGGACGGACACGGGGAUCGUGGGCUACGGCGAGGCGGGCAUCUGGGGCCACAUUUCGGCGGCGGCGACGGUGAUCCAGCGGUUCGGCGAGUACCUGGUGGGCAAGGCGGCGUUCGACAUCGAACACCACUGGAACGUGAUGCACCGGUUCAGCUACUUCCAGGGCCUGCUGAUCAACGCGGGCAUCUCGGCCAUCGACAUUGCGCUGUGGGACAUCAAGGGCAAGGCGCUCGGGGUGCCCAUCUACGAGCUGCUGGGCGGGCGGUGUCGCAGCAAGGCCCGGGUGUACGGGCACAUCCUGGGCGGCGACAUCGAGACGAUCGUGGACGAGUGCCGGCGCAAGAUGGCGCAGGGCUUUAACGCGCUCGGCCACAUCAACCCGUUCCUCGACGAGAGCCACGACGCCGUCUACUUCAAGCCGCACGUGCGCAAGAUGGACGAGGCUGUGGCCAACGUCCGGCGGCUGCGCGAGGCCGUCGGCGACCAGGUCGACCUGCUGAUCGAGGUGCACCGGCGCCUGACCCCGGCCGAGGCGGUCACCUUUGCCAACGCCAUCGCCGACACGCGCCCGCUGUUCGUCGAGGAUCCCAUCCGGCCCGAGAGCGCCGAGGCCAUGGCCCGCGUCGCCGCCCGCAUCGCCGUGCCCAUCGCCACCGGCGAGCGCCUGGGCUCGCUGUACGAGUUCGAGGCCCUGUUCCGCCGCGACGCCGUCGAGUUCGCCCGCGUCGACGUCGCCCUCUGCGGCGGCAUCACCGGCGCCAAAAAGGUCGCCGCGCUGGCCGAGGCCCACAACGUCCAGCUCGUGCCUCACAACCCGCUGUCGCCCGUCGGCCUCGCCGCCUGCUUGCAGAUCGCCGCCGCCGUGCCCAACUUCGCCAUCCAGGAGUACACCACCGGCUUCGAGGCCCUGGCCGCCACCUCCACCGUCAAGCACUUGGGCAGUGAUCUGGUCGACCACGUGCCCGUGCCCAAAGACGGCUUUGUCGACAUUCCCACCGGGCCCGGGCUGGGCGUCAAUCUGCUGGACAACGCCCAAUCUAUCCGCCCGCCACUCGUCCUGCCCAUCACCAUGCGGCCACAUUACGACGGCUUCGUGGUGGAUCAGUAA